AUGCCACCAAGGAAAAAGAAGUCGAUAAGAUCUGAAGCCUAUUUAGAAGUUUCAGCUCAAGCUGAAGAGGAAAUACUAGAAGCUUACUCUAUCAUUCUUGGUGAAGAGGAACAAGAUUUUUAUCUCCACCAAUUAAUCGAGUUAUAUGAUUACUUAAAAAUACCAAGUUGUUUCACCGCUGAUUUCAAACGUUGCAUUGAUUAUUAUUAUGAGUUUAUUAGACCAAACACUGAGUUAGAGUUUGAUGCUACCAAUGUCAAGCAUUAUACAACUCUUAAUUUCAUUCAUGCUUUCACUAUAACGGGGAAAAUAAAUAAGCUUAAUAUGAUCAUUGAUAUCAUUGAUAUUGAUAAAUUGAUUCGGAAUUCAAAUCGAUUAUUAAAAUUCAGAGAUAAUUUCAAUCAUAUAUAUCAAAGUUGGGAAAUGUUUGUUACUGCUUCGACCAUCAGUGGUAGCAGUAGCGAAAUCAAUGAACAAUUCAUCCUCAAUUACAAACUUGGAAUGAAGGAACUUAAAAAGAUAAAGACAGAUUUACAAUUAGAUACAGAUAGGAAAACAGCAGCAGUUCUAGGGGAUUCAUUCUUAAUUGAUAUGUUAAGUCUACCUACUACCAAUGAAAGAGGUGAAAUUUUGAACUUUGAUUUCAAUAAGCCAAAAAUAGGACUCUGUGUUACAAUAAAGGAUUUUGCUGAAAUCCUUGGAAAUCUAGGUGAAUUAGAAUCAACCGAUUGA